UGAUCUUUGAGUGUGCGCGUUGGGGGCGGAGCGUGCUCGGUUAGUAACGGAGAGAAAAAGCCGAGGUAACAUCGGGCGCUGACGGACGCCCUCGCCCGUCUUCCCUUCGUGUCUAACGGCUUCUUCCCGCAAAUGGCAACGACGGUGGACGAUCAGCGGGAACCGGCGGACGUCGCUGCGUUGUCGACGCACCACGGUUGCCACCACCACAACAGCAACAACAACAACAACAAUAACAACAACAACAAAGACAGCGAGGCGGGAGAGAGCGCGACCUCCGCCACCUCCAGCGCGACCGAAUCCGGCGGCGGUGGCGGCGGGACGGCGUCGCAGAGCAUCGGUAACGGCUCGGUCAUCAACCCCAGCGGGGGGAGUAACGGGAAGUGGGUCCGACUGAACGUUGGCGGCACGGUGUUCCUCACGACGCGGCAGACCCUCCUCAAGGAGCAAACUUCGUUCCUGUACCGGCUGUGCCAGCAGCAGGACCUGCACUCAGACACGGAUGAGACGGGGGCCUACGUGAUCGACAGAGACCCCACCUACUUUGGUCCCAUCCUCAACUAUUUGCGGCACGGCAAACUGGUCUACAACAAGGAGCUGGCUGAGGAAGGUGUCCUGGAGGAGGCCGAGUUUUACAACAUUACACCACUGAUCAAACUGAUCAAGGAGAGGAUCGUGGAGAGGGACUCCAAAGCCACGCAGCAGGUGCCCCCCAAGCACGUCUACCGGGUGUUGCAGUGUCAGGAGGAGGAGCUGACCCAGAUGGUCUCCACGAUGUCGGACGGCUGGAAGUUUGAGCAGGUCAGCGUGCGCGCCUGCAGAAAGCCCCGCACCGGACUGCUCUGGACUAUGGUGAACAUCGGCUCGUCGUACAGCUACGGGACGGAGGACCAGGCCGAGUUUCUGUGCGUCGUAUCCAAGGAGCUUCACACGCCUGGAUCUGGACUAGGCACAGAGCAGAGCCACAAAACUAAGCCGGCGGAGAUGCAGGAGGAGGAAGCAGCGAAGGAGGAGGAGGAGGAGGAGGAGGGAGGGAGAGAUACCACACCAAAUGAGUGGCUUAGAGAAUGAGGGAGUCAUGUUUCUUUGUUCCAAAGAGAGGCGGGAAUGGCUUUUCCAGAUCCAUGGGUCCCGGAUGUAAAAAAAACUAAACAAAACAAAAAGAAUAUAAGUUAUUUUUUUUAGGCUUACUACGACAUUCUGUAUGUGGUGUGUUUGUGUGUCGCGUCAACAGACAGUCAUCAAACACAUUUGUAGCAUAGUCAUCAGUUUGUCGACAAAAUGCCAGUUAGAAAGAUUAUCAAAUGACCAAAAAUAAUAAUAAUAAAAAAAACGAAUUCAUCAGAAAUAUUUUUCAAUCAAACUGAUUUUAUUUGUAGAAAUAAUCAUGUGUUGGUGUGUCCAAAUGUUACAUUGCCAAGGGCAACAGUGGAGCUUAGUAAAUUACAACCAAAGAUCCAGAUUAAAACUGGCUGAACCAAGGUGCUUAACUAAAAUAUGACAGAGAAAAUCAAAUCUGCCUGGAGAAAAUAGAUGAUUUAACAGAUAAUGGAUGGUGGAAAAGAAUCUGGUUGCAUCUGCGUUGUGACGUUUUUGGUAUUUACCACUUAAUCAGAAUCAAACCAAUACUCCAGAGUUUGUUUUCCUCCCAGUGAUGGAUGCAGUUGAUCCACAAAGUCUAUUCUUCACCUUGACUGAGAAACAAACAACCACAGAGAUCCCACCAGCCGUUGACUGCAAACAUUUUAAAACGACCAACUUUACUUUGUCGUUAAGCUUGUAGAAAAUAAUGAUGGAAAUUUAGCUAUCUGUCACUCUGGGGGAGCAGAUCAUGGCCUUGCGAGUCGGUGUGCUUUCAGCUCUGAGUCUGGUGUGUUGACCCGUUGGUUUAAUCUCGCUGUAUUCAGUCUUUAUGGGCUUGGUCGGCUUUAAAUUGCCAGAUAAAAAUGCUAUAACUGCAGAGAAACAAGGGUGUUAAGGUCAUAUUUUACUGGUAGCCUUACAAAGGCUUCAUCUGGCUACAGCUUAGAGCAAGAACAGCCACACACUGCUCUACAUUUUACCCCGAUACACACCUGCAUCACCCCGUGCUGGUGCAUGCUCAGCAGCAGCAGCAGCAGCCGCUGUGUCGUUGUCUCAGUCUGUCGCCCUGGCCGGGAUCCAGAGCCAGCUUUGGCUCCAGCUGACAGAGAGAUGUUGGCAUGAGUCAGGAAAGACUUGAACAGAGAGAGACACAGAGAAGGGUAGAGGGAGGGAGAGGGUGAGACAGAGUGAGGUGAGUCACUGUUUUGUUAUAGUGAUAGUUAACGUGUUCACUGUCAGUGUUUGUUAAAAUAAUAAGAACAGCACUUAACUCAAUCUGCCGCAGUGCAGGUGUGUGAUUGAGAAGCUAGUUAAGACCACACAUGACUUUUAACGACCUCUGCUGGCAAAUUUUAGGAACUGCACCAUAGAUCAAAUUUGACCCACCCCCUGCACAGGUCUGUGGCACAACACUUGACAGUAGUUUGUAAUGGUGUGUAAUGAAAUGAACUGUGUGGAUGAAGUGGAAGGUGUCACACACUUUCACAGCAGUUAAGCUGUACUUGCUGAACGCUAGAGAAUAAAAGGUUACUUAAAAUAACAGGGUGUUCAGUUUUUAUCAGCAGGUAAUUACGUGUAAAUACUCAUCUAGCACAUAUGUCUGCAAUAGCUCAAUGUCAAGUCUUAGCUUAUCAGAGAACAGUUAUCAACCAAAUGAAAUGUAGAAAAUACAUCAUAGAACAGAUGCUAACGUGGAAAUGGGGCAGCACUUUGGCUCUCUAAGUGUUUUUUCUUUUUGUUUGGAGGCAUAAAUAACAACAAUAAUUGAGUUAAUCCACAGUGGUAGGAGCCAAACAACCACAGCAGAAAAAUAUCACACCAAAAAAUGGAAAAGAAGAAAUGGUAGCCAUACAAAGUUAGCUACCUAGCCCAGUUGACAUUCCAAAUUAGCCAUACUAGCCAAAUUAGCUAUACUAGCCAACAGCCUGUCUAGAUAAGAUGGUCUCAAACAUCUUGUAAUGCAUGGCAAUGAGUGAUUGAAAUAAGAGAGCAGUGUCAUCUUUAUUUAUGUUCACAGAUAUACAGUUUUUUAAGAGGUUAAUUUCCUUAAAACAGCGUGGCACUGUUAGCUAACAUUAGCUAAAAUUAGCUAGCAUCAAGCACAACAGUGCAGUUCUUUGGCUCUGCUCACUGAGGUUUACCUCCAUAGAUAUUAUUUCUGCCUCUGUAGCCAUAUUAAGUGUUGGCUGUCAGCAGUUUGUGUCUUUGCUGACUCCUGUGUAACAACAACCAGCAAAACGUACAGGAAACACAAAUACACUCGAGCUGUUUUAUACAGGCAAUAGGCAGUUAGAGUCACAAUGUGAGACAAUCUAGACAAAAAGAUCAUGGCUGGCAACUUUUUUGUAACAUUUUGAUAAUUAAAUCUGAAAAAAUAGGCAGCAAAUACAAUAUUGUGUGUUUGUAUGUGUGUGUGCAUAAGAUUAAGUGUCUUGUCCAUGUAUAGCGUUACAUAGAAACAGUUAUCAUGGACCUUUAGGAUCCUUGCAAUACCUUAUUAGCUGGAUUAGGAGAAUACAAUAAAUGUUAGAAUAGUGACGAUACAGAUACUCAUCAUGCUUAUGAUAAUCAUAACAGUGAUAUUAGCAGGAGGGAGAAGACUGAAAGAGACACAGUCAUGUUUAUUGUUUUGUUACUUCAGCUUUUUCUGUGACUCUUUUUAACUUGGAUCAUUCGGUGCCUUGAGUUCAAGCAGCAAAACUGGCGUGUCUAAAGACCAACACGCCACAAUGAUCACUGGUGUUAUUACAUGCAUUUUUUAAAGUAACUGUAAUAUUUUAGUCAAAAAUGGGUAGUUUGCAGCCUCACUCAGAGUUCAGUCUUGGUUGUGUAUUUUCUUUUGUAAAUUUCUUCUAAUCUAUUUGAGGUUUUUUUUGUUUUUCCAAGUGUUAAAGCAGAUAUAGAAAGUACACACACUGAGGUUAUGCUGUUUAAAGCAAUUCUUGUAGAAGGUUUAAACUGUUGUGUAAAAUGUCAUGCCUUUUUUAUUUUUGAUGUUUAAUUUAUUCCUGACGUUUUUGUUUUUUUUUAUGUUGAACAGCAAAAAGAAUUUGGGUUUUGAUUUUUUUUUAGUGUGUGUGGUUGGGGGGGGGGGGGGUUGAUGUCAUCUUUGGGUGACUUUUGCUUUUUUCUACUUGAAAACUAGCUUUUAGGUUUCACUGACUUGAUGAUCUACAAAUAUUAUAUAAAAAUAUGUUCAUAGUUUUUGGUCUAAGUUCACAUCAAUGCUGUUGAAGGGAUUUUACCCCAAGAAUAGAGUUAAGAGCUUUCCCAUCACCAUUAGGUUAGUUUUAUAAACCUCAAUUUGCAUAUCCAGAUACCUUUGAAUUUAUUCAUUUGUAUUCUAUUUGUUGGAAGGUUUCUGCUGUACAAUAGAGUGUGUUUUCAUAUGGUAUUUGACAUGUACAAGUCUACAUACAGUAGCAGUCCUUUUAUUAUUCUGUGCAAAAAAAAAAAAACAGUCAGAAAGAAAAAAAACACAUCUUUAUCUGAUGCUGGAGUUUCUGUUUUCUGCUGUCCAUAUGCUGUCAUGUCUGUAUACAUAAAACAAUGUGACACAUGAAAUGUAAGGCCUCAGUUAAACCUGUAAAGGCUCCAAGAGACGCUCUGUGAUUUAAUUCAGCUGUAUUUCAUCAGGACCUGAACAACAUACAACAUGUUCAAUAAUGUGAUGGAAGGUAAAAAAAAUUCUCAAUGUAAAUGAAUGUCACCAUUCUCAACAAAAAAAUAAAAUUUAUCCUUUGGUUUAAAAUACA